AUGGCCGCCCGCGUUUGUGUUGCCAUUUGCAUCGUGAGCUCACUGGUUUCGGAUGCAGGGAAUUUUGGCCUCUCGGAAUCCGAAUCGGAACAUGAAGUGACGGGGUGUUUUGAUUUUGGAUGUCCGGAUGUUCUUGGUGAGAUUGACAUGAACAAGGAGCAUGGGAGGAUCCACAUCGAGGCAUGGCUUCAGGCAGCACCAAAAACAGCCUUGAUUCCUCCCCGUUUUCCGCAGCGGAAAAUUGCGUUGACGGCUGCGGAACACACAACUCGUGUACUUCGACAAAUCCUCCCAGCCUUCACGCCUGAGCCCAGCUGUGCACAUCGUGCUGCGACGGCCCGGAAUGUCAUGGCCGCAUUUCGUGCCUUCGCCACCUGGGCCGUGGCAUUGCCACGAAAGAAUGGUACUGUGACAUUUGGCGGCCAUGAACACAUGGGAGCUUCUGGCGUGGCACUCGUGUGGAUGAACCAGGUGAGUGAUGAACUGCUCAACUUUGAUUGGCGCAAGGAGCUUCUAUGCCAAGAAAACCCACUAUCAAACCUUGGAGGUGGCUUCUUGGGAAUUGCGAGGUUGCAGACCUGGCCGUGGUUGGUGGACGCAGUGGCCUUGGCAACGGCGGGGCAUCUGAGAGCCGUGGUGCCCGAUGCCGUGUUGUUCGCACGAAGUGCGGCAGAGGUGCUGGUACACAUUUUGCAGCUCCAAGGGCAAGAGCCUUUCAUGGUGGAAAUUGGUGUAGAUCGAGGUCAGACUUCUGAGCUGCUGCUGAAUGCGUUGCCCAAUUUGACACUCCUUGGAGUGGACCCAUAUCCGGGACGCUACAAUGGUCAAGUCAGUGCUGACAGAUUAGAUCAGAUGGGCGCUGUGGAAAACAUGCGCAUGGCCGUGGCUCGCUUCGCCCAGUUCAAUGGUCGAGGACGGCUGUGGCGGCAGCGCAGUGAUGUGGCGGCCCGUGGAUGGAUGGGCCCAGCCUGGCGACCCAGCCGAGCCAGGGCCCAGGGCCAGUAG